CGUGGACAUAGGGGUGAAUUGUUUAAGUACUUUGCGGUUAAUUGUGGGUCUUGCACCAAUACAAAGGCUGAGCUACUUGGUGUGAUGAGAGGACUUGCGAUAGCCUGUAAUGGAGGACAUAGGAGGGUGCAGCUUGCCAUGGAUUAUGAAGUGGUAUUGUGGUUGCUAACGGAAGACAGCCCUGCUACUUCCCCUUAUGCUCAUAUAAUUCGAAAAUGCAAGGCAAUGAUUAGUAAAGAGGGUUGGGAGGUUUCUUUGAGUAACUGCUAUAGAGAAACAAAUAGGGCAGCGGAUUGGCUUGCUAAUUACGGUGUUCGAAUGUAGUCGAAGUUGGUUUUUUUUUGAGGUGGUCCCGAAGGAUUUUCUAGCUGUUUUAUUGGAGGAUCUCAGUGGCGUUUCUCGAGCUCGUAUGCUUCUAAGAAUGCUGAGUUAAGGACUUCUUGUGUGGGUACGAGGGAGUAGUUUCGAGUGGUUUAGUUUUUUUUUGCUUUUUAGUUUCUGUUUUGUGUGUUUGUUUUGUUGUUUUAGUUUUCUCUUCUAGGGGCUUGCCCCUGAAAAAAUAAAAAAAAAAUAAAAAUCUAGUUAUCAACAAAAUACCCAUUUGAAUAAAUAAAUUCCACCGCCAAUGUAAAUUUUUCCUUUUUUUUUGUUUUUCUUUUUGGGUGCAAUAAAAUGUCACACCAUUGCGCAUAUUCUAAGACAAAUUCACCACUGAAAAAGCACCGAAAAGACAAGUAAAAUCCAGUGUAAUAAAAAAUGGAAAAAUUGUGUGAGGAAGAUGUUCUUCCCAAACUCAAUGAAAUUCCAGAAAAUAUAUUGGGGUUUAUCAAUAAUCUAGGGUUUAACCCUUCAAACUUUGAAGAUCCAACAAUUGAACUCAAUAUAAAUUCUACCCACCUUCAAACCCAUCUCCAAAAUCUGCACAAUACUCUUGGUAAAUUGUUAAUUUCAUGGGGUUCUCGCUCAAUUCGCGCCAAAUCUUCUCUACAAGAUUUCACCAUUACUUUGGAAAAUCUCAGCAUUAAAUCUUCCUACUGUGGAAAUAGGGCUGAAAGUAGGAGGAUUGAGAAGAUUGUAGGCAAGGAUUUGCAAUACAUUGCGAGAGAGUUGCGGCGGAUUGAUAGCAUACGUGAUUACGCAGGGGUUGCGCUUAAGUUGGAAACACUGGUUGGUGAUCUUGAGGAUGCUGUAUCUGCUUUGAAUCGUUGCACUGGAUAUACUUUCUCAAAACUUGAUCCAAGUCCAUCAAUCCCAGGAUAUUUUCACACAAAGUUAGACAGUGUUCAGAGGGCCGUGAAGGCCAUCAGCAAUAUUGAGGAACUUCUGUUGGGUUUACUGAAAGAUCAUCCUCAGUGGUGCAACCUUUUGAAGGCUGUUGAUACCAGAGUUGAUAAGACUCUGGGCGUGCUUAGGCCUCAGGUAAUUGCUGAUCAUCGGAAUCUUCUUGCUUCUCUAGGAUGGCCUCCCAAAUUUUUGGCAUCAAACACACAAUAUGGGGAGGCUACAGGCAUCCCAAAUCCUUUAGUUCUCAUGGAAGGAGAAAAGAAAAAGAGUUAUUCUCAAAGUUUCCUAGCACUUUGUGCAUUGCAGCAUGUGCAGUUGCAGAGGGAAGAACGACACCUAAUUUUGUUGGGACAAAAGAAAGAAGAAACUCUAGGGCUUUGGGCCAUCGAUGAAUUGGUGUCUUCGAUUGCAUCAAGGAUUGAGCAUCAUUUGCUCAAAUGGAUUAAUCAGCCUGAGCUAAUGUUUGCUCUUGUUUAUAAAAUUACACGUGAUUUUAUUGAAGGAGUGGAUGAUGUUUUGCAGCCUUUAAUUGAUGAGGCAAGGCUAGUCAGUUGUAGUGCUAAGGAAGCUUGGGUGUCGGCAAUGGUGCAAGUUCUCUCUGGAUUCUUGGGAAAAAAUGUGUUCCCUCUUCUUGCUGAGAGAUACAAAGAGAAAAACACUAAAUCAGAUGCUAUUUCUUCUUGGCUUCACCUGAUUGAUGAAAUUGUAAGAUUUGAUAAACGAAUGCAAUCAUUUAUCAGUUCAGAAACAUAUCUUUUUCCGGGUUCAUUAAGAAAUAUGUCAGCUUUGCUUGCAUUUUGUGAUAGACCUGAUUGGCUCCUUAUAUGGGCUAAGAUAGAGCUAAAGGAUGCAUGGAAAAAACUAAAACCGGAACUGAAGGAUGAGCGAGCUUGGUCUAUUUAUAAUAAAGCAAAGACAGAAAUUGAUCAGUAUUUUCUAUCUACAAGAGAAGAUCAUAAAGCUCCUUUAGCUGCAGAAUAUGCUCUCAAGACAGCCUGGGAAAUGAUCCAGCGUUCUCAGACUCUGCCAGGUACUGCACGUCGAAUACAGUUCAUUCGAUCAGCACCUGGCAAAUUCCUUAGGCGCUUCUUUAAACUUUUGCUUUCGAGGCAUAAGAGUGCUGACUUUUCUGCUUAUGAUGCUGAAGAGAGUAUUGUUAAAGUCUGUCAUUUGAUCAAUGCAGCCAGGUUUUCUGAAUUCAAAUUGCUAGAAUGGAGUGAUGAUGUUGAUCUUUUGGAAUUGAGACUUGCUGAAAAGGGACUAAAUGUUGAUCAUAAGUUUGAUGCAGCAAAUGGCAGUUGCUUCUUUGAAGAAGAGAUCGAUAGCUUAAUUGAGAUGGAGACCACUUGGCUCAUGGAGUUGAUCACUCAUGUUCUUCGUCAGUUUGAAAAUCACUCGUACUAUUACUUCCAUGAUGUGGAACAAUUUGAGCAAGUUACUGAAGGAGAGACAACUAUAUCUGAUGAUCUUGUGGGAGCGCUAGAUUACUUAAGAAGCCGGCUUCUUCUGCUAAAAGAAAAUCUUAAUGUUAAUGAUUUUUUGGAUACAUGGAGAAGUAUAGCUGAUGGACUUGACCAUUUCACAUUUCGCAGUCUUCUCUCUCUCGAUGUUCAAUUCUCAGAUAGGGGAGCUAAACAGUUGAUAGUUGAUAUGCAAGGUUUGUUCUUUGCUUUCAAGACUUUAUGUGCUCGACCAGAAGCAUUUUUCCCAUGCAUCAGGGAUUUGCUAAAGCUCUUGAAAUUGGGUACAAAGGAGGCGGAAGAUUUGAAAUCUAAUCUCAUCAACCAUGCAAUAAGUUCUGAUUGUUUGUUAACUUAUAGUAUAACCAGCUUAUCUGUAGAUCAGACAUUACAGAUAUUGCAUAGCAGAACAUUUUUAGUAUGAAAAAUCUGAGUCAGAAAUUCUGUUUA